CCUCCGCGCCCACUUAUUUCGCCCUCCCCCCAUCAAAGCCGAGAAGAAGCAAAGCAAGGACAGCCAGUGAAGCUCGAACCUAUCCGUGGGGGGAGGGCUCCUCUUUUGAGGGAGGGGGGCUGCGCCCCCUGCCCUGGCUGGAUUGGGUGGUUACUUCCAGCUUCAGCCCGCUCCUGCUGCUCCGCAUGAGUGCCGAGGGAGGCCCUGAUCCUGCCCUCGGAGGGCUCCGGGGACUCUGCAGCGCCCACCCCAUGGCGACCGCCCUGUGCUAAGGCCAGCCGAAGGCGGGGGCCCGUCUUCUCGGGAGCUGAGAUCCAGGGGACAGGAUCGGGGGUGGUGGGCGGCCGGGGGCCCGGCGAUGAGCCUGGUGGGGGGCUUCCCCCACCAUCCGGUGGUCCACCAUGAGGGCUACCCGUUCGCCGCCGCCGCCGCCGCCGCUGCCGCCGCCGCCGCCGCCAGUCGCUGCAGCCACGAGGAGAACCCCUACUUCCACGGCUGGCUGAUCAGCAGCCACCCCUCGGAGAUGUCUCCGCCCGACUACAGCAUGGCGCUCUCCUACAGCCCCGAGUACGCCAACGGCGCGGCGGGCCUGGAGCACCCGCACCACUACGUGGGCGGCGUGCCGCCCCCGGGCAGCGGCGGCGGGCCGCCGGGCUUGGGGGGCGGCGGCGGCGGCGGCGGCGGCCCCCGGCCGGUCAAGCGCCGCGGCACGGCCAACCGCAAGGAGCGGCGCAGGACUCAGAGCAUCAACAGCGCCUUCGCCGAGCUGCGCGAGUGCAUCCCCAACGUGCCGGCGGACACGAAGCUCUCCAAGAUCAAGACGCUGCGCCUGGCCACCAGCUACAUCGCCUACCUCAUGGACCUGCUGGCCAAGGACGACGCCAACGGCGAGGCCGAGGCCUUCAAGGCCGAGAUCAAGAAGACCGACGUCAAGGAGGACAAGAGGAAGAAGGAGCUGAACGAAAUUCUGAAAAGCACAGUUAGCAGCAGUGACAAGAAAACCAAAGGGAGAACUGGCUGGCCGCAGCACGUGUGGGCUUUGGAGCUCAAGCAGUGAGAGCGCGGCGAGGACUGGAGGAAAUAAUGUCUUGGAGGACGCUGGAACUUCAGGAGAGGUUGCUGAGCUGGGGACAUCUUUUAUUUCUUGUUUGGAAUCGUCUGGUUUAUUUAUGUGCAAUUUCCCUCCCCUAGUCUCCCCUUUCAAAAUGUGGAUCUUUGGAAGAAAAGCAUUCCAUAUUUGAAUAUAUGAAGAGGAAAACUCCGGCGUGGUAAGGGAUCGUGUGGUCUCGCUAGUUAUUUUCCCCCUCCCAUGAAUGUUAUUUUGCUUUGUUUGUAUAGAACACACGGGACGAAAUAAUAAUAAUAAUAAUAAUCUUGAAGGCA